AUGAAGAUCUCGCCCCAUCGCCUAAGCAAGCCCCAUGGAGCGAUCCUCCUAGCAUUGGGAGUCGUCGUCGUCCUCUCAAUAACAACGUCCACCGCCCUUGCAAAGCAAACCACCCCCGCCGACAAGCACCAACAACAACACCCGCGAAACGAGGCACAAGGACAACAAACACAACAGCAACGACAACAGCAACACCAUGAGGGCGGCCAUGUCGAUAUCAACGGCGAGAUUGGUCUAGGCGACCAUAGCAGCUUCCAUGCCACGCUUGAUAUAAGCUCGUCUAUUGGAGGCGAGCAACUGCACAAGAUGAUUGGCGUCGACUAUAAGCCUGAGGGCGCAGCACGAAUUGAAUAUGGUCAACAGCAGCAGCAGCAGCAGCAGCAGACAGAUUUUAUGAUUCGUGAUGGAGAGAAUACAGAAAAGGAUGAGGACAUGCGAGGAGCGAGUGCUGGGAUUGCGGAUCGGUGUCUGAUAUUUUCGGAUGAGUUUGACAAGCUCGACAGUUCCGUUUGGAAGCACGAUAUCACCCUGACCGGAGGCGGAAACUUCGAGGUCCAGGCUUACCUCAACAACCGCACAAACACAUUCGUCCGCGACGGAAUCUUCUACAUCCGCCCAACAUUGACCGAAUAUCGCAUCGGCGCCGACGCCCUCUACAACGGCGGGAAAAUGGACGUCUGGGGGUCUGAUCCAGGAACUCAGUGUACCGGCAACUAUGACUAUGGAUGUUUCCGUAUCGCGGGUGCUGGUGGUAAUAUCCUCAACCCCGUCCAGUCCGGUUUGGUGAGGUCUGUCAACAGCUUCAAGUUCCGGUUUGGAAAGGUUGAAAUUCGAGCCAAGAUGCCCAAGGGCAAAUGGAUCUGGCCUGCGAUUUGGAUGUUGCCAGCACACUACCAGUACGGAAACUGGCCCGCAAGUGGAGAAAUCGAUCUGGUCGAAUCCCGCGGUAACGGACCCGAGUACCCCGGAGGAGGCUACGACAAGGUCGCCUCUACUCUGCACUGGGGACCAUCAUACGAGUUCAACAGGUUCCAAAUGACACACGCAGAAUACGCCCUCCCCGCCGGCAAAACAUUCGCAGACGAUUUCCACAUCUUCACACUCGACUGGACCCCCCAGGGGAUCAAGACCUUUGUCGACGGCGUCGUAUUGCUCGAUGUCCCUUUUAACAACAUGUUCGAAAAGGGCAAGUUCCCUCCUUGGGUCGAGAACCUUUGGGAAAAUUCGAAUGCCGCGCCCUUUGAUCAGGAAUUCUACCUCAUCAUGAAUGUGGCGGUAGCAGGAACGGCAGGAUACUUCCCCGACGGGGUCGGGGGCAAACCCUGGAGCGACAAGUCGCCCCACGCCAUCAACGAGUUCUAUGCCGCAAAGGGCGAUUGGUACCCGACCUGGGGUCCCGAGGACGGCCUCGAUCGUGCCAUGGCCGUCGAUUAUGUUCGUAUUUACAAGAACGAUUGCCAGUAA